AUGCCUUCGAACCUACCGUCGAGCUUUGCCUCCGCGGCCGCAGGCCAAAAUGCUGGUCGUGAGAACAAGCAUGGCGCCAGAGGUGAUGGACGUGGAAGCAACAGUGGAGAGUGGUCCCGCCCGGGGCGGUCCACCAACGGCACUCUCACAUUCCGCCGAACUUCUACGACCCCGUCCACCCAGAACCAACAGCUGCAGUCGUCUGAUAUCAUGACUGCAUCUGGAGACUCUGCAGUCAUUUCCGCCAUGGCUGCAGGCUCGUCAGGCACUGGUAGCAUGAGGUAUUCAAGAGAAGACCUUCUCGACAUCACUGCCAAUAUUCCUCAAGUAUCGUCCUUAUUUGCCCCGGGCUGGCAACCCGGCCAGCUCAACGGUUCUGCGGGGCGAGGCUGGGGCAAGACUGCGGAAAGCCAUCCCGCGCCACAGGAGCCUGAUGUUUGUUGGGACAACAGUGGUUCUGUGAGACCCGUGGCCGCGGCUGGUAUGACGUCUGAAGAGAAAGAGCUUUUCUCAUCCGACGUUAACUCUGUAUUGAAGCCGCCAGUGCAGAACAAGGAUGGUAAUCAUCCUGGAGGGGGGCAAAACGGGCGUAAAACUUCCGUUUCGCAAGGCGGUACCAACAAUUUUGGGAUUGCUUCGCCUUCAUCGUCACGCCCUGGGACUCGCCGGCGCGAGACGACCGAUACCAACCCUUACUCUGGUGGCGGUGGAUUGGUCUCGCCCACGUCUGCGACACGACCGAGCCGGGAUGAUUGGAGUUUUGCACGUCGAACCACAGACCUUAGGGAGUCGACCUUUGACGAAGCGGCGGCCGAGGGACCCCAGGAUACCGGCAACAAGCCCAACCCCUUUGGCAGUCUCUUGCGACAGAACACGACACCCGCGCUCGGUAAUGCGGCAUCUCAGUCCCCAUGGGGUCCGACACAGCCGAGCCAAGCGAGCAACGUGCCGUCUUUGUCUGGUAUUGGAAGCUUUGGCAACUUCGCGAUCCCUAGCUCCGCGAUCGGCGACAAGCGCCCCUCGAACACGCGUGGGGAAAGCCGAUUGGCACACUUGAUUCCAAAGGAUAACAACACGGACAAUGCUGGGACCAAGCAAAAUGAGUCUGGUGGGGUUGGAGCUCCUGAUCUAGGGCGAUCAUGGCGUGCUCGGCCCAGGACGGACACCGAUCCGUUUGGUACGGACGAAAACUUGUCCGGCAGUGCUGUGCUCGGCGGCGCGCAGGACACCAGCCCCCCGCCUGUGGGCACAAUGAGAAGCCAAGUCUAUGACACUCCCGUCAAGGGUUCAGCGGGUGACUUUGGCAUGUCUGGCCUCAACUUGGGGUCUCACGGCGAUCAGGAUAAUGCGCCCCUCAGUCCCUCGGAAACGAAUCCGUUCCGGAGUCCUCACGGUGACCGUGGCGAGCACGACGACACGAACGACAAGCCACAAAGUUUUGCUGCGCUCCCGGAGCAUCUGCAAGGAUUCGGCCACCGGCCCUUUGGCCAAGGUGGCUUCGAUGGCAGCGACCGCAGCCAGACCUCUAGCGUUGGAGCGAAGGCGUAUCCUCCGCUCGGCAAUCUCACUGCUUGGCCGUCCUCCGGAACGCCUGAUCGCGAACGCGGCGGGGCUUUCCCAGGAUUUGGUGGAUCGCUGUUUGGCACCGUUGGAGAUAUCCAGUCACCGAGCCUGGGCAACCUGGGCAGUGUCUUCGGGCCCGCCAGCUCUACUGGACUUGCUGGCUCUGGUUCUAUCAGCAGAGGCAGCAAGCUUGGAUCUCUGUUCCCACCUGCUAUGCAGGCACAGAUGCAGUCGCAGGAUCACGACAGCCUCAGUGACUCUAUCCCCGACCUUCGCCAUGCCAACCCCCUUGGAGCAAUUGGCCGCAAUCCCAUCGGCGAUCAUCGUGAGACCGAAAGCCCACUCCGUACAAACCGGGGCAUUUUUGCCGACAUGUUCAGUCCUCCAGAGGGCACGAGAACGCCUUCGUCCGAUCCCCUUCUCGGUGGCCUCCCGUCCACCUCACAGACGUUCACUCCAACGUCCGGGGCCCCACCAUUCGCCGCACCUCCUUCAAGCGAUCCGCCUUCAGCCCAAGCCAGGACCAUGGUCAUGCCGGAUCGCAUGCGCUGGGUCUAUCUCGAUCCUCAAGGGCAACAGCAAGGUCCCUUUACUGGCCUCGAGAUGAAUGACUGGUACAAGGCGCAAUUCUUCACGCCCAACUUGCGGGUCAAAAAGCUGGAAGAUCCGGAAUUUGAGCCUCUUGGACAACUCAUUCGCCGUAUUGGUAACUCGCGCGAGCCUUUCCUCGUCCCGCAGAUUGGCAUACCCCAUGGUCCUCCUACCCAGAGUGGGCCCUUCUCGCCAGGUGCAGGAGGUGUCAUCCAGCCUCCUUUGGUGGGCGCCUUCCCAAGCUUCGGCCGCACUCUGACUGCUGAAGAGCAGAACAAUCUUGAGCGUCGCAAACAAGAAGAGCAAUACCUUAUGGCACGGCAGCGCGAGUUCCUGUCUAAUCAGCAGUCUAUGUCGCGGGUCCAGAUGCAGAGUGUCCCUGGCCUACAGCAUCACUCUAGUGCCCACAGCCUGCAAAGCCAACCCAGCUUUGGAAGCAUCACAUCGCCUGGCGGAUUACAUCCCCAAGCCCCAAUUGGAGCUAUAGGUUCUAGUUCUUUUUUUGGGGAGCAGGGGGCGCCCCAAGCCGCCGCGUCAUCUAGCUCUGGCCCAAACUUCGGAAUGUUCAGAGAGGAGGACUUGGCUCGGUUGUCUGAUCAGGAUCGCCAGAUGCUUACAAGUCUCCAGGGACCCGGCAAUGCGAGUGGUCAACAGCCGAUCGGCGCGCCCCCUGCUGAUGUCGGUGUUCGUGGGCAACUCCCUGGUACCGAUGACCUUGUAGAGGAUGAGGAAGGUUUCCGUGGUCGUCUGCAGGAGUUUGAGCAACUCAGAGCUGAGCGUGAUGCUCAGCAGGCUUCCCACGAACAGUUUGGCAACGCAACGGAUUCGCUCAACUCGCACGACGUCGAGGAGAGCGGCGCAAACAACGAGGCGCACUCUGCUCCGGAGACUGACGAAGCCACUCAGCAACAUGAUGACCAGCGUAAUGAAGCGACUGAGGCUGCCCAGAGACAGUAUCAGCAGGCCCAGGCCGCCACAGUUGCUGCCAAACUCAGCGGUCUUCCAAUGCCGUUCCCGCCACCGCAAUCUGGCUCUCCCUUGCCUGCUCCGGCGCCCCAAAGAGUUAAGUCAAAUCUGCCCGAGCAGUACGCCACUGGCUCGCGCUCUGCGACACCCGAUGUUGCUCCCUCUUCUGCUACGACACAGGCUCCCUCUCUGGCUCCCUGGGCCAAGGACAACGGCACAGAGUCGCACAAGGGCCCCAGCCUGAAGGACAUCCAGGCAGCCGAAGCUGCCAAGGCGGCCAAGGCUGAGGAGCAAGCGAUACUCGCAAGGCAGGCAGUGCUCAAGCAAGAAGCUGCACGUGAGCGUGAGAAGGCUGCUGCAGUGGCCCCUGGCUUGCCAACAACUAGCACUUGGGGCACCGCCUCUCCCCUGAGCGCUGGGCCCACCGGUAGUCCGUGGGCGAAGCCCACUACUGUCAAGGGUCCCGCUGCCGGAGCCUCGGUCGCUUCUCCUGCCGCGGAUAAGAAGAAGACUCUUGCGGAGAUCCAGCGUGAAGAGGAAGCUCGCAAGCUUCGGGCAGAGAAGGCCGCAGCCGCGACCCAAGUUGCCACUGCGGCAGCGGCUGGCAAGCGCUAUGCGGAUCUAGCCAGCAAGCCCAACGCGAUUCCUCUUGCUGCAAAUGCGGUGGCAGCGGCUGCUGCCAAUGUUGUCCCGGCUGGAUGGGCCACGGUUGGCGCGAAUGGAAAAGCCAAGGUGCCUGUCGCGCCUGCUGCCCAGCCACGGGCAGUGAGCACUGGUAUUGCCAAGCCAGCCGUGGCCGCGCCUCCUAAGCCGACCUUGAAGUCAAACACUUCAUCCCUAGGUAGCGCUCGCUCUGAAGCCGCUGAAGAAUUCAACAAGUGGCUCGUUGGGCAGUGCAAGCGUGGGAUCACUGGUGUUGAUGCUCAAGUCUUUGCCGGCAUCCUGGCAGAGCUCCCACUCGACGCAGCUCUGAUUGCCGACGCCGUGUACGCCAACUCGCAGACGAUCGAUGGUCGCUGGUUUGCGCAGGAAUUCAUCCGCCGCAAGAAGUUGGCGGACAAGGGUGUUGUCGAGAAGCAGCCGACAAACAGCCCAGAUGCCCAGUCUGGUACCGGCUGGAGCGAGGUGGCGAAGAAGAGCAGCCACAAGGAGGUCACCGAUGACAACUCGGCUGCCGUCACGUCUGCUCCGGGAUUCAAAGUGGUCCCCGCUCUUGCCAUGGCUCGCCCAAUGUCUGGGAACCGUCUGGACAAGUGUGGUGAAUUAGCCAGGGCUGUUCUGUCAGAUUUGUACGUGUACAAUCACGCCGUCCUCCAGCAGAAGAUAUCAGGUACGAGCCCGGUCAGCAUGGCUGCCGCACCGGCUCCCGGCGGCAAGCAGUCGCCUUUGGACAUCCAGAAUAUCGAGAGGUCCCUCGAAGGUGUAUCCUACACGGCACCACUACUCACAGAUGCCGGCAAGUCGCUAUCACGACAGUUUGUACGGCACGUGUUGGCGUCGGCUGCUGGUUCCUCCUCACCCGGACAGCCGCUUCACGAGGCACAGAAAAUUGGCCGGGAAGAGGCGAUCAGAGUCGGUCUGGCCGCCCUUGGUGCAUUCCUACAGGCGAACGUGACUGGUCCCGUGCUGGAGAAGAGCUCCACGAUCGAAGCCACUUUCGCGAACCUCUUCCGGGAAGCCAGGGCGGAGGAUUCCGGUGCCCCUAGUGACGGCAGCGACUCAUUCAUUGCCGUCUGCCUCCAUUGGCUUGACACCGAUGGCGUCUCGGUGUAUCAGUACAUUCCGCACAUUGAGCUCUUCGGUCUCGCAAGGUACAUCUUUACGUCUGGGGAGGUGCUCCCGCUGGAGAGUGUGGAUGUCUGGGCGGCAGGCGAGGAUGACGAUCUCGCGUCUCACUUGGCUUGGACGCGUUUCCGCGUCCACUUGUGGCACUAUAAGCUGCUCACGCAGCCAUCCCUGAGCGCUGGGUCGGUCUUCACAAAGAGCGGGCGGUGGACCGAUGUCGGCACGCUGCAAGAAAAGAUUGAGAGCAGCAUGCAGGAGGCGGAGAACUCGCUGGUCAGGACGACUGCAUCAACAGAGGAGGCGGAUGACGGUGCGGAGAGGGAGUAUUUGUGGUCCCAAGAGUCAAGGGUGCAGUUUUACCUGGAGAAGGCCAACUGCCACAUCAUGCUCGGCAAUGAUGUCAAGGCUCGUGAGGCUCUCAAGACUGCGACCGAAAUCAGCAAGUUUGCCUAUGUGCUUUCCGGUGCACUCGGCAAGAGGACAAGAUUCCAGGAGAACAAUAUCAGCCAGCUUGUUGUACUGGCGAAGAGUCGCGAGGCAGCUGGCUCUGACUCGGCGGUAGGCCAGCCUGCACCCGAGGCCUUGGCGUUGAAUGACGACACGUUGCUCGAACAGAUCAAGUUCAGCGGCGAUCAGCCAAUGCAUGCAGAUAGCAAUGCCUCGGAGUCCAUAAUCCCAUCCCAGCUUCGAGGCAUCACACCGGAGAACCAGCCAAAGCUACUACCUGAAGACCAGAUCAUACUACUGGCUGAGGCUACAAUACGGGACACCUUCUCUCCUGGAGAUUCUCUUACAGCAGAGGAGGUGCUUCCCUUUGCAGUCCGUGUCAUCGAAGACAAGUCGACAAACUGGCAGAUCUACACGCAAGCUCUGCUUGUCCGUUCUCGUAUAGAGCUGGCACGCAGCAGGACCGUCGAGCGUGGAGUGCUGCAGAUGCAGGCAGUCGUCGAUCAAGUUGUGGUCGACACCGAAGCUCCAGCGGCAACUCCAGAUUCGAAAUCACCGGAGGAUGCGCAAGCUUCAGGAGAGGAUGUUCCCGCAGUCAUAGUCACAUCCUCUGACGUUCAGGGGGGGGCCAAUUCGGUUAACAAACCAACAUCCUUCCUUCCUGCUGCUAAACCUACAGAGUCCGCCUCGUCACAGGAGCGGCUGCGUUUCGUCAACGCCCUGUCUUCCCCACCACGGUGGCAUCUUGAGUGCGAGCUGGCGUAUGCUUGGACGUCGGUGGGAUCUCUGGUGUCAGCCAUGGAGAUAUUCAAGAGGCUGCGGCUUUGGCCCGAGAUCGCCCUCUGUCUCGCAACGCAGGGCAAUCUGGACGACGAGGAUGGCCGUGGCAGCGGUGGCGAGGAGAAGGCUCGUGCACUGCUCCGGUGGCGGUUGUUCCGUCGUACGGGCAGUUCUGAUGCGGGCAAUUACAACGAGCAGGACGAUCGCCUGGAAGAUGUCAAGUUUGACAUCUCGACCUUGAGAGCGGCGGACUGGUAUGGACCUGCACGGUCGCCGCCGCCGCCGAAUGCGCCACGGCUUCUGUGCAUUCUGGGCGACAUUGAGAAUGACCCAUCGCAUUUCGAGCAAGCCUGGGAGAUUUCCAAGAAGCGGUAUGCGAGGGCGCAGAAGUCGCUUGGUGAGCUCUGCCUGCAGCGACAGGACUACAAAGGCGCCCUCGAGGCUUAUCGACUCGCUGUUCACGUCAACCGGGUAAGCAACGAACUCUGGAGCCGGGUUGGCGACCUUGAGCUGCGUCUUGGCAAUUUCCCCGAUGCGGCUGAGGCCUUCACACGUGCCAUCUCAACAGCCACCAACGCGACGGGCGGCGAUGAUGCUCGCACUUGGAGCAAUCUGGGCAGCGCCCUUCUCAGCUGGUACCGUGAGGUGGUCGCCGAGAACCGUGGUGACAAGGCAGCUGCUGUGCUCGCAAACGGAGACAGUGAUGACGAGAAUGAUGUCGAUGGCGAGAACGGUCAGUCGAAUCAGCAAAAGCUGGACGCAGUCCUCGCAGACAAGCCCAGUACGCGUCGUGCCGCCGAGCUCGGCAAGCCCGCGUACAAGCUGCUUCAGGAGUCGCUGUCGGCGUUCAAACGCGGCGCAACGCUGGCUCACUCGAACUGGCGAAUCUGGGACAACGUCGUGACGUUGGCGGCGAGCAUCGUACCGAAGCCAAACUUGGACGACGUGAUCCUCGGCGUCAGGAAUGUGCUGCAGAUUCGCAAGACGGAGGAAGCGCUGGACAUGAGCAUCCUGACGCUCCUGCUGCGCGAAAUCACAAGCAACACGCCUCCAGCCCCGACUGAUGAUGCCACACCAUACACGCCGGCUCGCGGAACCAUUGAGCACAAGGUGGUCAGUCUUUUCGAGGACAAUAUUGUACCCUUGCUGACCACCCGCGCCGAGAUCUGGUCGCUUAUCAGCCGCCUGCGGGCCUGGAAGCGGGAUUAUGCGGGAGCCAUGGACGCGUCGGAGAAGUCGUGGCGGGCGGCGAUUGGCGGCGUCGGGAUGGGCGCGUCGUUGUCUGCGGCUACCACGGCGCCCGGAGAUGCCAACAAGGGUAACUGGCUGACGGAUGCGGAGCAGUGGGAUGCCGUGGUCACAAGGACCGAGGAGUUGGUCGCUGCUUAUGAGAACUACGGGUCUAGGACCGAGGAAAUUGGUCCUAGAUGGAAGGGCAAGGCCCGCAGCGCCGUGAGGAGUGUCAUGGGCAAGGCGAGAGAAAAUUGGGAGGGGAACGAGCGGUGGAAGGUACUAGAGGGUUUGAUGGAGGAGUUGAAGCUAUGA